AUGGAGCUUGGGACCAUUCGGUGGACCGAUCGGCUGCCCCCGGAAGUCUGGCAGAUCGUUCUCAGCUUCACGACCUUUGGCACAAACCGGAACUGUCUAUCUGUGUCCAAGCUCUUUCACAAUCUCGCCGCUCGCAUGCUCUUUUCGUCACUUCGCAUCCAGUUUGGUUCGUGGAGGAUUGCUCUCCGCUGUGGCCCGGGAAAGCCUUCGGCUGAAGAAAGUUUCACGAACGUGUGCAAACCAUACGACGUGCUCUUACGCGUCAUCAAUGACCCCGUCUUUGCCUCGUACAUCAAGCAUGUCGACAUCCUCCCAUUUGGGCGCAUGGUCGCAGAAUCCAAAAUAGGCACACUCACGCAGGCUGUCAGCGCCAUGUACAAUCUGCGGUCGUUCACGUGGCACAACUGGAACCAGGUGUAUAUGUUCCCUAGCAGCCAGCUACUGGAAACAUUGGCAUCAAAAUGUGGUCAUCUUCGCGAAUACAAGCUCCCAUUCCAGAGUUUGCAUAUGCUGCACGCUCUCCAGAGCAUGCCAGCAACGGACAUCUAUCUAUGCCGCUAUGACAGAGGAGCCUCAGAGUUCGAAGAGGAGCUGUACGACGCUCACCGCGAGUCCUUCGUGUCACUAUUGGAGGCACGCAGAGGAUCAUUGGCUCAACUCUCCCUGUCAAGUCCGGGAAUCCGGGACUGCCCGACAUAUAUACUGCAGGAUUUGACCCAUUUGACAAUCUGCAUUGACGAGGAACGUAACAUUGCCGUCAUAUUCCGUCACUGCACUCGACUCGAGGCGCUGUUUCUCGAAAUCACCAAGGAUAUCCCACAUACGGUUUUCACCGCCGCUAUUGCAGAGGAUCCCUCGGCGCUUCCUCUUUUGACGCAUCUCAAGGUGUUCCUCUCUCCCGGAUGCAAUCGGGUGGAUUCUUGGCCGAUUGCGAACUUCAUUCGGUCGAAGAAGAAACUACGAUGCCUGGAUUAUGUCGACAAAUUCAACAGCAUCAUGCAGCAGAGCCGUGUCUUGUCAGCGAUCAAGUCUCUGUCUACGCUGGAGGUUCUCGGCCUCAGCUUUACACAGGAGAUCCUUGAGCCAAUAGAGUGGACCUUCUUGACCCGGACGAUUCCCAGAACCGUAACCGCUCUGCGGCUCUCUGUCGACUACGAUGACUUGGGUCGGCACUGCGAGUGGAUUGAUCUAUGGGCGAGCCUUCCUAGGCUAUCCUUCGCGCACGUUGCCGACUUGAGGUUUCACCCGAUUGUGGGAACGCGUGCGCUUGCUGCUGCAGCCAAGUCUCUCAGACUUGUCGGCCACCAUUCCUACUUUCGCGAGGUUUAUCGCACUGGCGAUAAAGUCACGUUCAGCAAACCAUGGUCUCCCACUAAGGUCAAAUUCCGGAUGGCUGCUGAAUUUGGAUGUGACGACUGGGAAUGGUUGAUGCGCGAUCAUAGACUGCAAUGGAUACUCCGGGAUUCGGUGGGCCACUGA